UAUUGUAGUUUGCUAAACUCUUUCCCCAUCCCCCACCGAGGAAGGGUAUUUUUGCACAUAGAUUGAAAGGCGGGACUUUCUACAACUAUGAAUAUGAAACGUACUCAAAACUUUUAACAUAUUCCAUCUUAGGGUCGGAGGCGGGUUUUGUCGGUAUACAGGUGGGAAAAUGACUCCGAUGUAGAGAGCUAGAGCGCAGAGAAGCAGCUGCUGGUGAUGGUGAAGAUGGCGGAUGGGGACAGUGGGAGUGAGCGCGGUGGAAGCAGCGGUGGUGGUGGAGGAGGCAGCGGUGGUGGUGGAGGAGGCAGCGGUUUCCCCCAUUUUCAUCGGGAUCAAGAAGAGACCCAGGAACUGGCUUCCAAACGCCUGGACAUCCAGAACAAGCGUUUCUACUUGGACGUGAAGCAGAACUCGAAGGGCCGGUUCGUGAAGAUCGCUGAGGUCGGCGCUGGGGGCUCCAAAAGUCGGCUAACGCUGUCCAUGUCCGUGGCGGCGGAAUUCCGCGACUACUUGGGCGACUUCAUCGAGCACUACGCCCAGCUCGGGCCUAGCACCCCGGAGCAGAUCGCACAGUCCUCGGGUGGUGAGGACGGCGGGCCAAGACGGGCCUUGAAGAGCGAGUUCUUGGUGAGGGAAAAUCGGAAAUACUACCUCGAUCUAAAGGAGAACCAGCGCGGGAGGUUCCUGAGGAUCCGGCAGACCGUCAACCGCGGCGCGGGGUUUGGCAUCGGAGGGGGAGUGGCCCCUGGUGCCGCCAUGCAAUCCGGACAAACCAUUGCCCUCCCGGCUCAGGGAUUAAUCGAGUUCCGCGACGCUUUAGCCAAGCUGAUAGACGACUACGGCGGCGAUGAUGACGAGCUAGCCGGGCCUGGAUGCGGCGCUGGCGGCUACAGUGAGCUGCCCGAGGGCACGUCCAUCACCGUGGACUCAAAGCGCUUCUUCUUCGACGUUGGCGCCAAUAAGUACGGCGUGUUUCUGCGGCUCAGCGAGGUGAAGCCCAGCUACCGGAACUCGAUCACGGUGCCGUUUAAAGCUUGGAGCAAGUUCGGUGGAGCUUUCUGUCGCUACGCCGAGGAGAUGAAGGAGAUCCAGGAAAGGCAGAGAGAUAAAAUCUACGAGCGGAGAGCAGACGAAGAGUCCGAAGGAGACGACGUGGACGACGACUGAUUAAUGUUCCCCAGAACCUGGCUUUGGUGUCCAUCCACUUAUAAAGGAUGUGCAUGAUGAACUUUAAUACUAAAACACGAAUAAAGUUGUGUGACUGACAUAUGGAGUAAAUAAAAUGUUAAAAAUGAAAGCUAGCUAAGAUAAACGACUUUUCUCAAGCUAGCUAGCUAGAGAAUAGUUAGCUAGCUAGAGAAAAGUUAGCUAGCUAGCAUUACUAGGCCUAGUUAGUGAAAGCUCCUGUUUUAAAUGGCAUGUAAGGAAAGGCAUAAUUAAACCCACCAAAAAACCUGCUCUAAUAUGCUUAUGAACACAAAUUGAGCAUACAGUGUUACUUAUUGAGGUUAUUUACAGUAUAUAUUGCCAUAAUAGACAGAAGACCAGCAAAUUCACCACAAGCUUAUUCAGGAAGUUUGUUUCAUGAAUUUUUAUCACCUUUGUUUAAGGUCUCUGGUAAUGGAUUUGUUUACUUUUGGCUCCAGUUUCUGGGCUAAGAUUUCAUUUUAAAUGUUCAAGCUGAAACUUCGACAUUUUGCAGUAUAUACAGACACACUACUUGGACCAUUCGACAAAAAAAAGGUGCUAUGAAACAUUUCACCACUCCCCUUAAACAUUACCUAUAUGUAUUAUUAAUAUAAUUAUUAGUAGUAUUAUUAGGAAUAUGUAAAAUGUACAUACUAAAUUAUUAUAAAUCGUUCUGACGGAGAUGGUCGAAGGUUGACAAAGCACACGGCCACUAUUAUCCUAAAGGAUACUGAUUACUUUGACACUUUGCUCUUAAAUUACAAGUUAGCACAAAUACUUAGCGUCGUUAUUUUAUUUUAUAAAGGAUAUUAAUCUGUUUUGAGCCGGCGCAUUAGAUACCUCCGCAAGAAGCGAUGGAGAUUCAGUAUCUGUCUGAAUUUGACUUUCCUAUUAGAAGUUAAAAGAGAAAAAAAUGUGUAACUGGAAAAUACAUUAGAUUCAACAUAAACCUCACCUAUUUUUAAACAUGAAAUACAGAACUAUAUGGAAAUAUAUUUAUAUACAGGAAUAUAGAAUUGAUUCAAUUAUAACAGGCUUAUUUAAACAAAAUAUUGGAUGCAGUUUUCCAUCGGAUAUAUCAUCUGUUUUUUUAUAUUUUCUUGUUUCAUAUGGUCCUCAUCGACAAAGGCCACAAAAACAUCGCAACAGUAUUAAAGAUGCUUUGUAACCUUUCUCUCAAUAAUGAAUUCCUCCUCAUGAGAAAUGUUUCUUUCAACCUUUUGUAUGAUUUGUAUCUGAAUAUGUAUGACAUCGAUUAUCUCCCGGAAAGAGCCAAUUCUCAUCGAUCUCCAUGUUGUUUCCAUGAGAUUUUUAAAGUAUAUAUAUCUGUUACAGUUUACAGACACUCUGUCCAAUCUCCUUGUACCUGUUUUGAUCACUGUAUGCUGUAUUAUUAAACAUUUCAUUUUCUAUAGAGAAGAACAUGCGGAAUUAAACAAAAACAAAAAAAAGAAAUGACAUUUGCCACACAUAGCCUUGAUGCAUGAACUCCUUUUUCAGGUUUUGGUUUAAAACCCAUGUCAUAUUCACCACCUGGGAGCAAUAGCAAUUUUCUACUACUUUAAAAAGCAGUUUCAGUUUUGCUUUCAUUGUACCAUUUCCCAUGAAAAAGGCAGCUGUUCAGUCGAUGUCAUUCUGCUGUAACACUCCACCGACGUCCUUUCGAUGACAAAUAAAAAUUCUUUGCUGAUGAAAUGA